AUGGCCGUCGCUACCCAUAGCUCCGACUUUGACUUUGUCUGUCGCAUGACCCCCGAGGGCUACGUCUUCCCGACCGACCGGCUCAAGCAGGCCUGCGCCCCUGGCAAGGUUCCGCUCGUCAUUGUCGCUUGCGGUUCCUUCUCCCCCGUCACGCUUCUGCAUCUGCGCAUGUUUCCUAUGGCCCUUGACCAUGCCAAGAAUAUAGGCUUUGACGUUGUCGGCGGUUACCUCUCCCCCGUUGGCGAUGCGUACAAGAAGAAGGGUCUGGCUCAGGCGCACCACCGAGUCAACAUGUGCCAGCUUGCCGCCAAGAACACCAGCAAGUGGCUAAUGGUCGACACAUGGGAGGCUGAGAACAAUCUCUACAUGCCUACUGCCCGCGUUCUCGACCACUUUGAUUGGGAAAUCAACCACGUCCGCGGCGGCAUCGAAACCACCGAGGGCACCCGUGUGCCCGCCAAGAUCAUGCUCCUCGCAGGCGCCGAUCUAAUCCAGACAAUCUCGACCCCUGAGGUCUGGGACGCGCGUGACGUCGACCAUAUUCUUAGCAACUUUGGCGUCUUUGUUCUUGAGCGGACGGGAACAGACCUAGAGACGGCGCUGGGACAGCUGAAGAGAUGGGAGAAGAACAUCCACGUGAUUCGACAGGUUAUUACAAAUGACAUCAGUUCGACAAAAGUCCGGCUGCUCUUAAAGAGGAACAUGAGCAUCGACUACCUUAUUCCCCAAGAAGUAAUAGAUUAUCUCAUGUCCAACAAUUUGUACCGCGACAUGGAUCUGCAAGCAACGGAGGAGAGCAAGGGCAAGGAUAAGGCCGUGGGACCGUCUAAUUCUUCAAGACAGAUCGAACUGGCCUAA